AUGGCAAGAGGAAGAGGUGGAAAUAAUCAGAAACGCCAUAUGGGACGUAACGAAUAUUUUCGCCAGAAACGGGAUGACGGAAAUGAUCGAGAAGUGAACAAAGACCGAAAUGAUGAGGAACAAGCGCAAAAGAAGCGCAAGAUAGAAAAUGGCGAGGUGUCGGUGCCGAUAUAUGCUACUCAAUUCUCGGCAGAGGAUAUUGCUGCUGAGGAACGACGGCCGAAGAAGAAGGUAGCUGUUAUGAUUGGGUAUUCUGGCACUGGGUACCAUGGCAUGCAGCUGAGUCCCACCGAAAAGACUAUAGAGGGAGACUUAUUCGCUGCUUUUGUUGCUGCUGGCGCAAUCUCCAAGGCCAACGCAGCUGAUCCCAAAAAGUCUUCGCUCGUCCGAUGUGCUCGUACCGACAGAGGCGUUCACGCAGCUGGAAAUGUGGUUUCCCUCAAACUAAUCGUCGAAGAUCCCGACAUUGUUCAAAAAAUCAAUGACAACCUAAGCCCGCAGAUCCGCGUUUGGGGAUAUGAGACUGUCACCAAGGGUUUCAGCUGCUAUCAGCUUUGUGACUCGCGCAUGUACGAAUAUUUGAUUCCUACUCACUGCUUCUUGCCGCCUCAUCCCAGCACACACCUGGGUAAGAAGACUGUACAGCUUGCCGAGGAGAAAGGGGACAUGGAAGGUUUUCUUGCAAGACAAGAAGGGGUCUUGGACUUUUGGCAGGAUAUUGACGAGAAUGAGAUCAAGCCUAUCUUAGAGAAGGUGCCUGAAGAGAUUCGAAGGCUUGUUCAGAGAGCGCUGUAUAUCGAAGAAGACAGCAACAAAGAACCGCCAGUUGACAAGGAGCAACCCCAGCCUGUCGAUGUAACGGCCAAACUUGAAGAAGCUCAGGAGAUUUCAGCAUCCACCGAGGAGAACGCGCAGCAGAAGGACGGCGAAACCCAAGAAGCCCCCAAACCGAAACUUACCGCCGAGCAAAAAGAAAUUAUCAACACCAGCAUCAAACAAAUAAAAGCUGCCUACCAGUCCGCCAAACGCGCCUACCGCAUCCCCCCAAACCGCCUACAGAGAGUCCAAGACGCGCUCGACAAGUACAUCGGCACCCGCAACUUCCAUAACUACACCAUCCAAAAGACAUUCCGCGACCCAUCCUCUCGACGAAUCAUCAAAUCCUUCGUCGCCAACAAGGAGCCCAUCAUCAUCAAUGGCACGGAAUGGGUGAGUCUCAAGGUCCACGGACAGAGUUUCAUGAUGCAUCAGAUUCGUAAGAUGGUAGCCAUGGUCGCGCUCAUAGUUCGUUGCGGAUGCGAUCCCAAAAUCAUUGAGGAGAGUUAUGGUUCUACGAAACUAUCAAUCCCCAAGGCUCCCGGAUUAGGUCUGUUGCUGGAGCAUCCGAUUUUCGAUUCGUAUAACAAGAGGGCCGCGAAGGAUUUUAAUAGGGAGACGAUUGAUUUUGCCAAGUAUGAGAAGGAGAUGAAUGAGUUCAAGCAGAGGGAGAUUUAUGAUCGAAUUUUCAGGGAGGAGGAGGAAUCGAAUGCGUUCGGUGUCUUUUUCAACCAUGUCGACCAUUAUCCGGCGAAUACUUUCCUUUACCUGACUUCGGCAGGCAUCGCAGCCUCUCAAGGAUCCGAUCCGCGUGCUACGGCUGGAAAGGUGAAGGCCAGCGAAGAAACUUUGGCAGGUAUCGAGUCGGAGCCUGAGGAAGAUGCAUCUGGUGCAGAGGGAGGUUAG